AUGCUGUCAAUUCUGCGAAAAGCUCGACUCAAGGACAAGGAGAUGCGAAUCUUGAUGCUUGGACUCGAUAAUGCAGGAAAGACGACGAUUGUGAAGAAGGUUAUGGGAGAAGACGUCAAUACUGUCAGCCCAACGCUGGGUUUCAUUAUCAAGACCAUCGACUACGAAGGGUACAAGCUCAACAUAUGGGACGUGGGCGGUCAGAAGACGCUGCGAUCUUACUGGAGAAACUAUUUCGAAAAGACAGAUGCGCUGAUAUGGGUUCGUCUUGCAGGGGCAAGCUUACUCGUAUUUGCGAACAAGACAGAUGUUGAGGGAUGCAUGACGGAAGCAGAGAUUCUCUCGGAACUACAACUGGAAUCGAUACGAACACAUCGCUGGAACAUUAUCCCGUGUAGCGCAAUGACUGGAAGGAAUCUCAAAGAGGGACUAUCAUGGGUGGUGGAGGAAGCGAAGAAGCGCCUAUUCCUUUACUGA